AAAGUGUUGCAUGUCAUGUUUGGACCUUGAGAAUUUGGGUAUUUACGGUAUCACCUGAUUCUCAACCAACGCGCCACUGAUACCAAAAUUCAGUCCCCUCAAGUUUUUUGUUUCGGACCCGAUGGCAAACAAGUUGUGCCCGGCAUGAGACCCAACGCCACAAGAGUACUGCUUGCUGUUGCGUUGGCAGCUACUUUGCAGUGGGCAAGAACACCGGUGUUUGCAACACAACGGGCUAGAAGCGGGCACAUGACUCGCAGACGUGUUGCAGACGAGCUUUCACCAGUGCUUAAUGCAAUGCAAGAUCCAAAUUUUCAAGCUGCAGCUACAAGUGCAUGGUUUUUUGUGCAAUCAACUCUGACACCUGCAGCCGAGCUGGUGCAAAGCCUUGGACAAGUGCAAGAAUUUGCCAGGACCUGGGGAGAGCAAGAGCCUUUUGAAGGCAAGGAUGCGGACAAACAUGUUGAAAAAUUGACAGGCACGAUUGAAAAAGCCAUAGCUGCAGGGAAGAAUGUUCUGAUCCCGACUGCGCAAAAGGCAGAUUUGCCUCUUGAGCCAAUCAGAGGUACACCCUUCGAGAAACUCAUGGUUGCAACGCUUCAGAAUACAAACAUGGCUGGAGUCUACGCACUGCACGCAGAGCCCGGUGCCGGAAAGUCAACUGCUGCAACGCUGGCAGCACUUGAACUGAAAGGGAGACAGCCGAAGGAUGUAAUCGUUGUUUUGCAGAACGACUUGGACAGGCAACUGAAGUCCUUCUUCUGCUUCUCCAACAUCGAAUUUACUGCGGAAAUUGCCCGCCCCUUCUUCACCAUGUUGAGGGGGAAGGGGAUCAGACUGAGGUUCAUUCUUGACAAUGUUCUUUCAAGUACUGCAAUGAUUGAGCAAUCUGGAGAUAGAUUGAGAGUGCUCGCCCGGGCUGCGAAUGACAACCUUCACCAGGUCAUUAUCAUCGUGGAGAGUGAAGCUGCAGCGAAGGACAUUGAAGACCUCAGUCUCGGUGAUACAACGCGGAAAGGGGAUCAGAUGCCAGCAGUGUGGUACCGAUGGUCUAAAGAAGAGACACUGGAGCUCCUGAAUCGUAUAAGCGAUAUACAAGAACUCUUGGAGAAGCAGUUAGGAUAUGAUGGAGAAGCUGAAGAACGAAACGUUCUCCUGGCUGAGGCUCUAGAGCGUUCGGAAAUCCCAGAAGUACCAAACGAUGCAUCAUGACUGGAGAUAGACCAACUGCACCUCUCCCUAUCCCAGGUGGCGCUGGGACUGCACCACCAGCUGUUUGGGUGAGACAAAUCCGCAAGGACAACAAUGGCGGCUCCGAGUUCAUCGGCAAUGCCUUCCAAAUCACUGGAGCGGUUGGUGACAUAGAUGAUCUGAAGAAGGCGAUCAAGAAGGAAGAAGAACUAUCCAUUGCACCUUCCAAGAUAAAAAUAUUUAGCCAACAGGAGGAUGGCAACUGGAGCAAAGAAGACGAAGAGGCUUCAAUUAAACGCGGUGUCUCCAAGUUGGACUGCUAUGGUUACCUCAUUCCAUAGAGGCUCUCUCUGACCCGACUGUGAGCAUUGGACGGUUUCAUUCCAUGUGUCAAAUUGCGACUUUCUUUUGCUCCGUGCAUGUGCGUC